AUGGGCGGACAGUCUGUCGUACAGCUUCGCUGCAAAUGUAAAACUGACCCCUGGGGUAAGAAAGGCGACGACUCGCUCGCUGCCAGGCUGGCCGCUAAGCAACCAGGCACCGACUUCAAGAUAAAUAAGUGUCAGACAUACUCGGAGAUGUGGAUGGGCACCUAUCCCUCUGUCCCGUCGUACGUUAUAGGAACUGACGACACCCUGGAGGAAUACUUGAACAAGAACCCAGAUUUGGUGGGGAAAAAGAUCGCAGAUCAGUUUGGUGGCGGAUUGCCAUUUUUGCCGAAGAUUCUGUCAAUGGACAAGGCUCUCCCCCUCCAAAUCCAUCCAGACCGCGAACUUGCCGAACAACUGCAUAGACAAGACCCGGAGAAGUUCACUGAUACCAAUCACAAACCUGAGAUUGCCGUUGCACUCUCACAAUUUGAGCUUUUUGCCGGAUGGAAACCGCUCAACGAUCUGACGCAGCUCUUUCAACAACCGCCCCUGAAAAAGUUCUUGCCAUCACCGCACUCCAACUUCAAUGACGAAAGCCUCAAGCGCGUAGCCCAGAAUAUUCUCGAGGCCGACGAAAAGACCGUGGCUGACACGCUCAAUGGACUAAUCAAUAUCCCUGAAACGGCGUUUGGGAAGUACUCAUACAUCCCCAAAAUGCUUGAAAGAGUCCGGUCGCAGUACUCCGAGUUCGACAAUGGCAAUCUUCUAGCCGUCGUCUGCAUGAACUAUAUGAUCCUGCAGCCCGGUGACUCCGUCUACGUUCCUGCUGACGGCAUGCAUGCGUAUCUAUCCGGCAAUAUCCUGGAGUGCAUGGCUCGGUCGGACAACGUGCUCAACACUGGAUUCUGCCCUCGCCCCGAUCGAGAUAGCGUGCCCUUAUUUUGCGAAGCGCUCAGUUUCUGGCCCCAUGAGCCCGACGAGGCUAGACUGGGGAGACACCCUGCUGAAAAGAGUCUCAAUGGUAAGACAGUGGAGUACUCGCCUCCCAUCAGCGAAUUCAAUGUCCUCGCAACGCAUCUUGGAGCUGGGGAAAGGGAGAGAUUGAAGCCGAUCAAUGGACCCAGUGUUUUGGUUGUGACGGGCGGCGGAGGCAGGAUGACUGCUAAGGCUAGUCAGGGAAAGGCUUAUGAGCUCAAGGAAGGUUCUGUGUACUUUGUGGCGUGUGGAGUUGAGUUGGAGUUUGAAGCUGAUGCCGACAAGUUGGAUAUUUAUAUGCCAUUCGUGGAGUAG